AAAUCGAAUCCUAGACAAAAUCUUAUCCAAGCAAGCAAAACACAAAGACAAGUCUUCUAUUGAACGAGCUCCAUGAAUUCUCCUCCUCCUUCCCUUCCUCCCUCCAUAUAAAACCCAUCAACCUUUUGGGCGAAAUCUCGGAUCAUCGAUUUCAUGUUCAGGAUGAAUGCUGUCAAGGACUGGAUUUCAUCUCAGUUAGCAUCCAAUAACUUGUCAAGAACAUUACCAGGGAAUGAUAAUUUUAUUGAUGACGAAACUCAGGAUGAAGAAUAUGAAGAUAGAGGUGCAAAUCUCAUAGGAAGUUUACCAGAUCCCCAUGUUUCUCCUGAUACCUCUCUUCAAUCUCCCACAGCCAAUUCAGAUAAUCAACCUCCUCCACAACGUGCUCUAGUAGAUGAUUGUCAUUUCUCCAAGUAUAACAUUAAUGAGAAAGAUCCAUUGUCUAAGAUCAAAGCUCUCCAAAUUAAGUUCCUACGUCUCGUCCGUCGUAUAGGGCAGUCAUCUGAUAACCUCCUUGUGGCACAAGUCUUGUAUCGAUUGCAUCUAGCUACUCUUAUACGAGUUGGAGAAUCUGAUUUAAAGAAAUCUUCUCUUCCGAAUGAUAAGUUAAGAGCAAUAGCGGCAGAACAAGAAGUUACUGGCUCUCCUACUUUGGAUUUUUCUUUGAGGAUACUGGUCUUGGGGAAAACAGGAGUUGGGAAGAGUGCUACUAUAAAUUCAGUUUUCGAGCAAAUGAAGACAACAACAGAUGCAUUCCAACCUUCCACUGAUCAAAUUCGAGAAGUUACGGGGAGCAUACAUGGCAUUAAAGUCACAUUCAUUGAUACCCCUGGGCUUUUGCCUUCAUCUACAAGUAAUCUGUGCAGGAAUAGGAAAAUCCUGCUCUCAGUGAAGAGGUAUAUCAAAAGAUUCCCUCCGGAUAUUGUUUUAUAUGUUGAACGCCUUGAUCUUAUAAACAUGGGUUACAGUGAUUCCCCCCUUCUGAAGCUUAUAACUAAUAUUUUUGGAUCUGCAAUUUGGUUUAAUACUAUCCUUGUUAUGACCCAUUCUUCUUCAGCUCUCCCAGAAGGACCUAGUGGAAAUCAAGUUAACUACGAUUCAUAUGUGACCAAUUGCUCAAAUCUGGUUCAACACUACGUACACCAGGCUCUUUCGGAUUCACAACUAGAAAUCCCUGUCCUAUUGGUGGAGAAUCAUUCUCAUUGCAGAAAGAAUAUCUUAGGGGAGAAAAUUCUCCCAAAUGGGCAGGUUUGGAGGCCUCGGUUUUUCCUGUUGUGCAUUUGCACAAAAGUCUUGGGAGAUGCUAAUGCGCUCCUGAAAUUUCGUGAUGACUUUCAAAUGGGACCUGCUGGUAAUACCCGGUUACCAUCGUUGCUGCAUCUCCUCUCCACUCUUCUACGGCCGCGUUCCGAAUCAAGUACGGUAGAAAUGGAUGAUGAGACUGAUGUGAUGUUAGAAACAGAGGAAGAAGAGUAUGAUCAAUUGCCUCCAAUUCGGAUCCUGACAAAAUUGCAAUUUGAAAAGUUAACUGACUCUCAGAAGAAUGAAUAUCUUGAUGAACUUGAUUAUAGGGAGACCCUUUAUCUCAAGAAGCAGUUGAAGGCUGAUAUUCGCAGACAAAAAGAGAAAAUUCUUUCUAACAACGUAAUCUUGGCUGGUGAUGAUAAUCCUGAUAACCAAGAAGGAACUCCAGAGGCUGUUCAAUUGCCAGAUAUAGCUUUCCCAUCUAGUUUCGAUUCAGACCACCCUACACACAGAUACCGCUGCCUAAUAACCAGUGAUCAGUGGCUUGUUCGACCUGUUCUUGAUCUUCAAGGUUGGGAUCAUGAUGUAGGGUUUGAUGGCAUUAACUUGGAGACGUCUGUGGAAAUAAAAAGAAAUCUACAUGCAUCUGUUAUGGGUCAACUGAGCAAGGACAAGCAGGAUUUUAAUAUGCAAACUGAAUGUUCUGCAACUUGCACAAACUUCAAAGGGUCCUCUGCUUCUGCAGGUUUUGAUGUUCAAACAUCUGGUAAGGAUCUGGUAUGCACAGUUCGUGGGGAUACAAGCCUGAGGAACUUCAAGCACAACACAACUGGAUGCGGGAUUUCUGCAACUUCUUUUGGGAAUAGGUUUUAUGCUGGUGCUAAAAUUGAUAACUCCAUUUUGAUUGGGAAUAGAGUGAAGCUUGUUGUGAAUGGUGGGGGCCUGGGAAGCACAGGUCAGGUAGCGUAUGGUGGGAGCGUAGAAACGAUAAUUAGAGGGAGAGACUUCCCAGUAAGAAAUGAUAAAGUUAGUUUUCUUCUGACAGUGCUCUCGUUCAAAAAAGAAAUGGUUUUAGGGGGUACUUUAAAUUCUGAUUUUCGACUUGGGCGAGGUACAAGUAUGUCAGUUAAGGCAAAUCUUAACAGCAGAAAUAUGGGACAAAUUUGUUUAAAAACAAAUAGUUCUGAUCAUAUGGAGAUUGGGUUGAUUGCCGUUAUCACAAUGUUAAGAUUCCUUUGGAAAAAGGUAUCUGGGGAUUUUGGAAAUGUAGAAGCUGAUGAUAUGGGGUGAAUUUGCUCUUACACUGAUUUUUUUUUUAUUUGUUUGGUAUUUUUAAGAUUUAGUCUUAAAAAGCCUUGCAUUUUGCGGCGAUCAUAUUUUUCUGCAAGAUUUGCCACAAGCUUACCACCAGCAAUCAGUUUGGGCCUUUUCUGGCUGCUCAUCUUUAGCAGUGCGCAGUGCGCGAGCAUCUCUUCUUUUCCUGUUUGCCAUUGCCCAACAAAACUGAAUGAGCAGUGCGCGAGCAUAAUUGUACCCACUUUCAUGUAUGAUUCUAUCAUUCAUAGGUGAAAUAAAGAUAAAAUUUUACA